AUGGUAGCUGAUCAACUCGGUCGAAUGCAAAUGGGUGCCACUCAGUAUUUUGUGGACUACCUUCAGGAAUAUGAGUUAAAGAUUUCACAAUGUGGAAAAACAGGUUGGACAGAUGAAUAUAAAAUAAUGCAUCUAGAAAUUGCAAUCAAUGCCCUGCUUUGUCAGCUGCUGAUGAACAAAAACUUGCCGGAAGACAAUUAUGCUAAAUGGAUUUCCAAAGUUCAAAGUAUCUCUGGUCGUCUUGAAAAUUCACCUUCUUAUUGGCCCUGCAAUGUAAGAGUCGGAAGUAUAAUUGCAUUCAAAUUGUACUGUAGGCUAUGUUGA